CGGACGACGUGAAAAACUGCAGACGACAUUUUCACAGCCUCUCUGAACUUUUCUGUCAGAUUUUAGUACAUUUUAGCGUAACCCUCGGCCUUUAACCACUCACCACUUUUUACAAAUACUCAAGAAGAUUUGUGUUCAGUUAGAAAGUGUAUAAAGAACAGUCAUCCCAACCAUGCCCCGAGGAUCAGGUAAGAAAGCUGCCCAGAAGACCAGCACCAUUGCAGGUCCGAUGCCGAGCGACGAGUUCGGCUUUGAGAAGUUUGAGGAAGAAGUGGAGUCACAGACAAGCCACAGAGCUGAGGAGACUCCCAUCCUCCCCAAGACAUCUAAAAGUAAGAAGAGGAGUUACCUGGAUGAGGAAGAGGAGGAGGAGGAGGAACAGACAGCCGGUCCUGAGGCAAACUUCGGAGGAGAGAUGAAGAAUCUACUGGAGUCCUUCGGAGCUGACAUCUCCAAGACCCUGUCAGCCAAGAGGAAGCGGUUGGAGAUGUUCACACAAAGCGCGGUGAAGGCCAGCAACCACAAGGUGGAAAACACCUGGAUGGCACAGCACUCCGAGAGGACUAAGUUGAGUGGUGAGUACCAGACGCAGGUUCAGACGGUGAUGAACCAGUGGGAGUCGGACAUCCAGAAGUUUAAGGAGCAGGAGGAGAAGCUGCAGAACCUGUUCAAGCAGCAGCAGAAGCUCUUCCAGCAGCAGAGGAUCAUCCAGAGUCAGCGGCUCAAGACUCUCAGGCAGCUGCACGACCAGUACACUAAGGGCAUGGAUGAACUGGAGCAGUGCCACCAGGACCAGCAGGGCUCCAUGCAGGUGGAGCUCAGGAAGGAGAUGGCUCUACUGCAGAAGAAGAUUCUCAUGGAUACGCAACACCAAGAAAUGGCAGCAGUUCGCAAGUCACUCCAGACCAUGCUGUUCUAAUAGUCUUUUCCCUCCGUUUCCUCAUAGUUGAAAUAUGCUGAAAUGUAGGGUUAAAACAUAAGAUUAUGAUAUAUCAAAUAUAUAAAAAAGCGUUCUUGUUCAAGUUCAGCAUACAAUGUUGCAUGUAGCUAGAUUAGUAGUUUUAGAUGUUGAACGGUCUGGAAGUAGGAAGAAAAGCUUUGAUGAUUUUUGCAACGUUUUUCUUCUGAGAAAAUGUUGUAACAAAUACUGUUAUUUACUUGUGUAGCUUUUAGAUAGGUUGUUCUUGUAUAUUUGGGUAUGUGAAAAUAGUGUUCUGUUUUAUCACUGCAUAUGUUGAACAUUUUGUUUUAUCACAGUAUAAUAUAUAUGUUGUUAAUAUGAACAAAAGGACUUUUAUGAUAUUUAUGUCUGC